UCGCUUGAUUCGAAUAACGUGGUUUCUUUGUUUCAUUUGACAACCACUCGGAUGUUCUGUACUGGUCUGGAUACGGUCAGCUUUGCAAACUGCUCUCAACACAUCAGAAGCGGUAUUCGGGAUAACUAGACACGGAGAGAAUGGUGCUGGAAAGACGGUUUUUCUUCAUGUUCAAAGUCUGGUCGAUCAUUGUUCUCACUGGAGGAAUCGCGUCUAUACAAAAGGCGCAAGGUGCGUUUGUAUCUUCUGUACGGAUUUAUUUACGCUUUCUGGACUAUCAAAUGGAUCACUCUAAUGAAUGCAAGAGGAAUUUUGUUGCUGUCUACGAUGGAAGCAGUGCAAUUGAAAACCUAAAGGCAAAAUUUUGUAGCACAAUAGCUAAUGAUGUAAUGCUGCAAACUGGAGUUGGAGUGGUUCGUAUGUGGGCUGAUGAGGGCAGCAAGCUCAGCACGUUCCGAAUGCUUUUUACUUCGUUUGUGGAUCCUCCCUGCCAGGACAACACAUUCUUUUGCCACAGUGACAUGUGCAUCAACAAUUCUUUGGUCUGUAAUGGAGUGCAGAACUGCGUGUACCCAUGGGAUGAAAAUCAUUGUAAAGAAAAGAAGAAGCCUGGUCUCUUUCACCAGAUUACCAAAACCCAUGGAACAAUCAUUGGUAUUUCAUCUGGAAUUGUUUUAGUUCUUCUUGUCAUUUCUGUACUGGUGCAAGUAAAACAACCUCGCAAAAAGGUUUUGGCUCGCAAAGCAGCAUUCAACAAAUCAGGAUUUCAAGAAGUAUUUGAUCCACCUCAUUAUGAACUGUUUUCCCUAAGGGAUAAAGAAAUAACAGCAGAUUUGGCUGAUUUGUCUGAAGACUUUGAGAAUUACCAUAAACUCAGGCGCUCCUCAUCCAAUGCCUCCAGAUGCAUCCACGAUCAUCACUGUGGCUCACAACCUCCAAGCAUAAAGCACAGCAGGACUAAUCUAAGCACAAUGGAUCUUCCAUUUCGGAAUGAUUUCUCUCAGCCACAGCCAAUGAAAACAUUUAAUAGCACCUUCAAGAAAAGCUGCUAUACUUUGAAGCACUCACAAGACAGUCCAGAACGGGUCAUAGAAGACAGAGUGAUGGAGGAGAUUCCUCCUGAAAUCUAUGUACGUGGCAGAAAUGACACUGUGCAACGUUCAAUGUCCAUUGACUUCUGAAGUGGAAUUGCUGUGCUGUUACUGAGCAUUACCUUUUGGUCUCUUUCUCUUGUAGAAACGGUAUUGGCAAUUUGGCAUUUCCUUUGGCAUUUUAAUAUAUUCUGAUAAUCAGCACAGUAGCAAAACAUAUGGAACUGGGGUCAGUUUUCCUUGACCCCUCAGAUUGACGAUUUCAGUGAGACAAACUGUUGAUGACAAUUCUUAAUAACAGGCUCUGUGUUCUGAAUAUAUUAUUGGUUGAUAAUUACUUACUGUAAAUAUGCUAACGGUAUAAUUCUUCAGUCUCCUGCUCUUAUCACAUUAAUUGCUCCAAUCCACUGGAGAGAAGCCUCUUAGCUGAAAUAUAACAGAUGAGAAACAGCACCACAAUUACAUAAGUAUUUUUAAACAUCUUUUCUUUUACUUAAAGUAUGAAUUUUUAACUCUGCUAGGCUAUGGUUUUGAAUGACAGCAUUUUCUACUUGUUAUGGCCUGUUUUUUACAUGUUAAUCUAACAUACAUUUUAAAUCAGGU